AAAAUAUCAACCCACUCUCUCUCUCCACCACUUUCCUACCUUGCAUUUUUUUUUCCCCCAAGCACAAAUUUCUCUCUCCCACCGUUUCUUCUCCCCCUCCAAAACCCUUCCCACCUCAGACAACUCUAUCUCUCCAAAUCUAUAUUCCUCCUUCCCUGCCAUCAAACCCAUCUACAAUCAUGUCGCUCUCCAGGAUUUCGUCUCGUUUUCCAAGAACCAUAUUAGCCCAGUUGCGAAACUCAUUCGUAAUCUCCACCCGUCACAGCCACCCCUCCAAUCAGUUUCACUCAAUCGGUGAACCUCGCAGUAUGGUGGUUGCAGGCCAGAUGUCUCUGUUCCAUCAUUCAUCCCUGAAUGCAUCUGCAUUUCAACAGUUUGGAUUCUCAUCAGUGCCAUCUCCUGAAACUCCUGAAAAGGAGAAUUCCCCGUCUGCCAAUGGUGGGAGUACAGUAGAAAGCAAUGGUGCCACUGCAAAAGCAAGUGGAGAUACUGAAGCUUCUGAGCAACGAGAGGUGCCCAUUUCUGGAGAUUCAGAUUCAGAUUCAGAGGAGGAGUUGACCAUGGAUGAUCUGGUGAAACUUGUCACGGAGAAAGAAGAACUUCUAAACGUGAAGCACAAAGAAAUUGAGAAGAUGCAAGACAAAGUUCUCCGCACCUAUGCAGAUAUGGAGAAUGUCAUGGACAGGGCAAGACGCGAGUCAGAGAACUCAAAAAAGUUUGCAAUACAGAAUUUCGCAAAGAGCUUAUUGGAUGUCGCAGAUAAUCUAGGGAGAGCUUCGUCUGUUGUAAAAGAUGGAUUUUCAAAGAUAGAUACAUCUAAAGACACUUCUGGAGCUGUGCCCCUUCUCAAAACACUUCUUGAAGGUGUUGAAAUGACUGAAAAACAACUUAUAGAGGUAUUCAGAAAGUUUGGAGUGGUGAAAUAUGAUCCUACAAAUGAGCAAUUUGAUCCAAAUAGGCAUAAUGCAGUAUUCCAGUUACCAGAUCCUUCGAAGCCCCCUGGCACUGUCGCAGUUGUUUUGAAGGCUGGAUAUAUGCUGCACGAACGAGUUAUUCGGCCAGCUGAAGUUGGUGUGACCGAAGCAGUGGAUAAUAAGGAGGCAGAACAAGGCUCCGAGGCUUGAAGAAUGCAUGGGUACAAUCCCUACGCAAGAAUAUGAUCUGUUUCGCUUUUGUCUGUCUGUGACAGAGGAAAUAGUGUUUUUGCCGGUAACAUAUAAACUAUAGCUGCUGUGCGUAGUCUAGUUCGAAUAGAUGAACACUAUUUUAUCCAGUUUUCAUUUUAUUAAUUGUUAUUUAUAGAGGAGGUUCCGCGGGGGCUUUGCAAACCCUUAGUCCUUUUCAGUUGAUCGAUGAGUUUUGAAUGCAGGGGCGGCUUGAUUUUGCAACCCGUUGAGUUGAAAGGAUUCA